GUUCACUAUUGGAGAUGCUAUUGACUACUUUUCAAUAUGAUUUUCUCUUGCUCCUACUUGCAAAAUAGCAUGGCCAUGAAUAAUAAGGAUCAUAAUCAUGCGUCCGAACCACGUCAGAUGAAAAAGUUGUCUUAAAGCACAACAAUCUUGUUCACACCCAUGAUUCUGGUUUGACCCACAGAGCCAAAUGCCACGCCAUGCACACCAUAGCAACUUCCCUCAUAGGCCAUGCCAAAGCACACAAUAGAAAAAAGCUUCUCUCCUGUCACACUCUCUCUUUCACUCUUUCUCUUUAAAUUUAUCACUUUACUCUCUUUUUCAGAACCAGAAGACGAUGAACAACCACAACAACAAGCUGUAGAAAAACAGCACUUUGAUUGGAACCAUGGUUUUUUGUACUCACUUUCUUUUUCAACAUCUCUGCCUUCUGUCAGCUUCUUAUUUUUAACUCUGUUCCCGAUCCAUGCUCUUUUAGCAGCUUCUAUAAAACAAAAUCUUCUUGGUUCCAAUUUCAGCUCACAAGGCUCGAUCACGCCCUCAACUUUUAACCACUGUUUUAUUCAUGUCAAAUGGAUAUUACACUCUCAAGAAGGCUUCUUUCCUUCGCCAUGUCACAGCAUGUGGUGCGAUCUCGUGUUUCUGCUUUGCUUGUGUAAUUUCACUGCACUUUUCUCUACAACCACCAAUUCUUUGUUUUCUUUCUGAAAACACUGUGUUGCGUCACCCCACUUGAAAUAAAAAAUAUUCAAAAGUUCUUCUCUUCUGUGAGUGCAAUGAUCACCAUUCCUCCUUGGAAAUUCUGAAGUUUGAAAAGCAGAAAGUGAGUUUGCUGAAGUUACUUUACUUUGUUCUUUUUUUUUUCAUCCUCACAUGGUUACUGUCUUAUGUCUAGUAUAGCCUAUUCCUUUGUUUGUUUUUACUGCUCUUUUUGUUUAUAUCCACCGAGGAUUUGAUUGUUACUCCUCCCACUUUUUCGUGUCCUUUCUACUGCCACUGUUGCAGUUGUAUAAUAACACUAGCACCUUUGUGCUUCUCUCUCUCAUUAUUUUUCUUGCAUUUCAAACUUUCUUAUACUUGUGCGUGACUUGUUUUCCUUUGGUUUAUACACUAUGCUUUAUGGGACCCGCCAACCUUUAUCUACCGUAUGUAAGCAAAAUGGAAUGGCUGUGUGUUUCUGUAAGGAAAUAGUUGCUUUCUGAAAAAUUCAUGAAGCGCUCCACUGAAUGCAUUGCUACAAGAUAGAUAUUACUCUGAUGAAGCAAGUGCAAUUCAUCCCAUUCCUAUCACUUUGUUUUGUUUUCUAUUGUCCAUUGCUAGUGAUCUCUAUAAAUCCUUCUUUCAACGAUGAUGUGUUGGGGUUGAUUAUGUUCAAGGCUGGUCUAGAAGACCCAAAAGGAAAACUCUCUACGUGGAAUGAAGAUGAUUAUAGUCCCUGCAACUGGGUUGGUGUCAAAUGUGACCCUGUAAACAAUAGGGUAUCUUCUCUUGUUCUUGAUGGAUUCUCACUUUCUGGUCAUAUUGAUAGAGGACUUUUGAGACUGCAGUUCCUUCAGAUUCUGUCCCUUUCGAGGAACAAAUUCACAGGGACCAUAGCUCCUGACCUUCUCGGCAUUGGUGAUUUACAAGUAGUUGAUUUGAGUGAGAACAACCUCUCUGGGCUAAUUCCAGAUGAGAUUUUCCAGCAAUGUUGGUCUCUGAGAGUAAUAUCAUUUGCCAACAACAACCUCGCAGGUAAGAUUCCUGAUUCAUUGAGCUCCUGCUACUCUUUGGCAGUUGUGAACUUUUCCUCUAAUCAGAUACAUGGGGAACUUCCAUCUGGAAUGUGGUUUUUGAGGGGACUUCAAUCAAUUGAUCUUUCAAACAACUUGCUGGAGGGAGAGAUUCCAGAAGGAAUUCAGAAUCUGAUUGAUUUAAGGGAGUUGAGGCUGGGGAAGAACCUCUUCACUGGUAGGAUUCCUGAGCAUAUUGGUGACUGCUUGCUUUUGAAGUUGGUUGAUUUCAGCCGUAAUUCUCUCUCUGGGAGACUUCCUGAAUCAAUGCAAAAGCUCACCUCAUGCACAUUUCUCAGCUUGCAAGGGAAUUCAUUCACAGGUGGCAUUCCACAUUGGAUUGGAGAAAUGAAAAGUCUAGAUACAUUGGAUCUUUCUACAAACAGAUUUUCUGGUUGGAUUCCAAAGUCAAUAGGAAAUCUUGACUUGCUGAGUAGGUUGAAUCUUUCAAGGAAUCAGAUCACAGGAAACCUGCCAGAGUUGAUGGUGAACUGCAUUAAGCUUUUGACUCUUGACAUCAGCCACAAUCACUUGUCAGGCCAUCUUCCUUCAUGGAUAUUUCGGAUGGGUUUACAAAGUAUCUCUCUUUCUGGGAAUGGCUUCAGUGAGGGAAAUUAUCCCUCACUUACUUCCAUUCCUGUAUCUUUUCAUGGCCUUCAAGUUUUGGAUUUGUCAUCAAAUGCAUUUUUUGGCCAACUUCCAUCUGGAAUUGGAGGUCUUGGUAGCUUGCAAGUCUUGAAUUUGUCCACCAACAAUAUCUCAGGUUCUAUUCCUGUGAGUAUAGGAGACCUUAAAUCUUUGUACAAUCUUGACUUAAGUGGCAACAAUCUUAAUGGAAGCGUUCCUUCUGAAAUAGAAGGAGCAACAUCACUCAGUGAAAUGAGGCUACAAAAGAACUUCCUACGUGGGAGAAUUCCAGCCCAAAUUGACAAGUGUUCAGAACUAAUAUUUCUGAAUUUAUCUCACAACAAGCUUAUUGGCUCAAUCCCUUCAGCCAUAGCAAACCUAACCAAUCUUCAGGAUGUAGAUUUCUCAUGGAAUGAACUCUCUGGAAGCUUACCAAAGGAGCUGACAAAUCUCUCAAACCUUUUCUCCUUUAAUGUUUCACACAACCACCUUCAAGGUGAGCUACCAGUGGGUGGCUUCUUCAACACCAUCUCUCCUUCAUCUGUCUCUGGUAAUCCAUUGUUAUGUGGUUCUGUUGUUAAUCACUCAUGCCCUUCUGUUCAUCCAAAGCCUAUUGUCCUAAACCCCAAUUCUUCAUACUCCAACUCUGGCUCUUCAUUACAGAACAAUCACCAUAAGAUUAUGCUAAGUAUCUCUGUUCUCAUUGCUAUUGGUGCUGCUAUUUUUAUUGUCAUUGGUGUGGUGGUUGUUACUGUUCUAAAUAUCCAUGUGAGGUCUUCAAUGCCUCUUUCUGCUACUCCAUUUAUAUUCUCUGGUGGUGAGGACUAUAGCGGUUCACCCGGGAAUGAUCCAAACCAUGGCAAGCUCGUGAUGUUUUAUGGUGAUGCAGAAUUUGCUGAUGGUUCUCAUAAUCUUCUUAACAAAGACAGUGAAAUAGGUCGCGGUGGAUUUGGAGUUGUUUAUUGCACUGUCCUCAGAGAUGGUCAUUGUGUUGCAAUCAAGAAGCUUACAGUGUCCACCUUAACCAAGUCAGAAGAAGACUUUGAGAGGGAGGUUAAAAUGCUUGGGAAGAUCAAGCACCAAAAUCUUGUGGCACUUGAAGGUUAUUAUUGGACUCCGUCCUUGCAGCUCCUAAUUUAUGAGUACCUAGCCAGAGGGAGUUUGCAGAAGCUUCUACAUGAUGAUGAUAGCAGCAAAAAUAUACUUUCUUGGAGAAAAAGGUUCAAGAUCAUACUUGGAAUUGCAAGAGGGUUGGCCUAUUUGCAUCAAAUGGAGUUGAUUCAUUACAAUUUAAAGUCAACAAACGUGUUCAUAGAUUGUUCUGAUGAGGCAAGAAUAGGAGACUUUGGCUUGGUGAGGCUACUUCCAAUGCUAGACCCUUGUGUUUUGAGCAGCAAAAUUCAAAGUGCACUCGGCUACAUGGCUCCUGAAUUUGCUUGCCGCACAGUGAAGAUAACUGAGAAGUGUGACAUAUACAGUUUUGGAAUUUUGAUUUUGGAGGUGGUGACAGGAAAAAGACCAGUGGAAUACAUGGAGGAUGAUGUGGUUGUUCUUUGUGACAAGGUGAGAAGUGCAUUGGAUGAUGGCAAAGUGGAGCAAUGUGUUGAUGAAAAUCUAAAGGGUAAUUUUGCUGCAGAAGAAGCAGUUCCUGUGAUAAAACUGGGGUUGGUUUGUGCAUCACAAGUUCCCUCAAAGCGACCAGAUAUGGCUGAGGUGAUCAACAUAUUGGAGUUGAUCCAAUGCCCUUCUGAAGAACAAGAAGAAAUACAAUGAAUUUUAAGUUAUAGUGAUUGAGACAUAACAGAUAUUGCAUACCUGGUGAAGAACAAUCCAGUUUUCUUGCUUUAAUGCUAUUAUACAAUAUGAAUCAUGCAGAGAAUAUUCACUUAAUUUGUUUCCAACUUUUGUUUGUUGCUUCAGU